AUGGUGUCACACCUGUCGGUGGCAGUUUUGCUUUUAGCUGGUGUCGCUCUCGUUCAAUCGAAGCGUAUAGUGGGUGGCGAGGAAACCACAAUUGAGCAAUACCCAUACAUCGUGCAAGUGGAAUUCUUCGACCGGUGGUUCGGCUGGUCCCAGUCAUGUGGUGCUAACGUCCUUACUUCAUCAUGGGUUUUGUCAGCUGCUCAUUGUUUUGAAGGACGGGAUUACACACCAAGAAACAGACGUAUUAGAGCAGGUACAACUUACCGAAUGUCGGGUGGCUCCAUCCACAACGUCGAUUUCGAAAGGAACCACCCAGAUUACCGCCGCGCUUCACGUUAUGACGCCGACAUCAACGUGGUGAAACUCUCUACUCCCCUGGUCUACUCUAACUACAUCAAGCAGGGCACCAUCGUUUCCAUGGGUUUCCAACUUCCAGACAACACACCGGUGGUACACGCUGGUUGGGGUGACACAGCAUGGGGUGGAAGCGCAUCAAGAAUCCUCAAACACGUCCAGAUGUACACAAUCAACAAUGAUCUUUGCAGGACUCGUUACCAACAAUUGCCUGGUAACAACAUUGUCACUAGAAACAUGAUCUGCGCUGGUCUUUUGGAUGUCGGUGGUCGUGACGCUUGCCAAGGAGAUUCUGGUGGACCGCUGUAUGCUGGAAACAUUAUCGUUGGAGUGGUCUCCUGGGGCCACAGAUGUGCGAACGACACCUACCCCGGUAUUAGUACCUCAGUCGCUUCCUACACUGACUGGGUUAUUCAAAACGCUAGAGGAUAA